GCAAAGUUGUUUCCAUGUCGCAUGAGUUCCAGCACAUGAAACAAAAUUUAUGAAAAUGAAACCAAAACAUGUGUGACAGUGAUUAAUGAUGGCCGUCGCAGUUGAUCGAAGUAUAAUAAUCGCUUCUAUUGCACUUCUUUUUGAUGAAGAAGAAACAAAGAAAAAACAAUCCAAACGAUCUAUUUGGACAAGGCCAUGGUUACAACGUAGAAAGGUCGAUGGAGCCUUUCACACCUUGUUCAAAGAAUUAAAGGAAGAAGAUCUAGAAGGAUUCAAAGGAUAUGUAAGGAUGGACGUUGGCCAUUUUGAUGAACUGGUCCAUCUACUUGCUCCAGUUUUGCAUAAGCAAGAUACCAACAUGAGAGAAUGCAUAAAACCAGAGGAAAUGUGCUGUAUCACAUUAAGAUAUCUUGCAAGCGGUGAAUCAUUUAGAUCUUUAGAGUAACAAGGGUAAUAAAGUAA